AUGGAGAAGAAAACCCAUCUCAAAGAUGAUGCAUUUCUGCAACAUCCAAUCCUUCUUGUUCUUGUUUUGACAAUGGGUUUUGUUAUAAUGGACCCAUUUCACAUGGGUCCAGUAGGAGGCCACAAAUUUAGGCCUGUGAAGCACACAAUUGCACCUUACAAACAAGUCAUGGAGAAUUGGCCAAGAGAUAAUCAGAGCCGGUUAGGACUUGGAAAGCUAGAGUUUGAAGAUGAAGUCUUUGGCCCUGAGUCAUUGGAGUUCGAUAAUUUGGGGCGUGGCCCUUAUACAGGGUUAGCUGACGGACGCAUUGUUAGAUGGAUGGGUGCAAGUGUGGGGUGGGAGACCUUUGCACUUGUAACAACAAAUUGGUCAGAGAAGCUCUGUGCUAAAGGCGUCGACUCAACAACACAUAAACAAUGGAAGAAUGAGAAAAAGUGUGGGCGUCCCCUUGGCCUAAGGUUCGACAGAGAGAGUGGAGAUUUGUAUAUAGCUGAUGCUUAUCAUGGCCUUUUGGUUGUUGGGUCUGAAGGAGGACUUGCAAGACCUCUGGCAACCCAUGUAGAAGGGAAGCCUAUACUAUUUUCUAAUGACCUUGACAUUCAUAAAAAUGGAUCCAUCUUCUUCACUGACACAAGCAAAAGAUACGACAGAGUGGACCAUUUCUUUAUAUUGUUGGAAGGAGAAGCCACCGGUAGGCUUCUCAGAUAUGAUCCUCCUAGUAAAACAACUUUUGUUGUCUUGGAAGGCUUGGCUUUUCCAAAUGGAGUACAAUUGUCAAGGGACCAAAGCUUCAUCCUCUUUACUGAAACUACAAACUGCAGGCUAAUGAAGCACUGGUUGGAAGGACCAAGAUCCGGAACCACAGAGGUUGUUGCUGACUUGCCGGGUUUCCCAGACAAUGUAAGAGUAAAUGAGAAAGGCCAAUUUUGGGUAGCAAUCGAUUGCUGCCGAACCGCCGCACAAGAGGUUUUGGUACGUAAUCCAUGGAUACGAAGCGUCUACUUUCGGUUGCCGUUCCGAAUGAGCUUCCUAGCCCGCUUGAUGGGGAUGAGGAUGUACACAGUGAUCACACUCUUCAAUGAGAAAGGAGAGAUUUUGGAGGUUCUUGAGGAUCGGAAGGGCGUAGUGAUGAAGCUUGUGAGUGAAGUUAAAGAAGUAAAUGGGAAGCUGUGGAUUGGUACCGUGGCUCAUAACCACAUUGCCACCCUCCCUUACCCCUUAGCUAGUUGA